ACGACGACCACCGUAACCCCGCCAGAACAGACGGCCGCUGGAAGCAUAAAGCACAGGCUCUUGCCCGCGCCCGUCCCUAUAACGGCCACGAUCGGAUUAGUUCCUUGUAAGACGGCCCGGAUAACGGGCUCCUAUAAGCUGCGGAACUCUGCCUCCUCAUACAUCUUGGUCCGGAGCCACUUGUGGAUGUCC